CGCGCGACGACGGGCACUCGGCCAUGUCCGCGGACGCCUCCAGGCCGGAGACCGGCCCAGGGCCCGGGCCGGGGUCGGGGCCGGGGCUGGUGCGGGAACCCGGGCUGGGGUCCGAACCGGGCCAACUGUGCCCCGAGCACGGCGAGCCUCUGAGCUGGUUCUGCCUCUCGGAACGACGGCCGGUGUGCGCCGCCUGCUCCGGGCUGGGCGGCCGCUGUCACAGGCACCGCAUCCGCCGGGCGGAGGAGCACGCUGAGGAGCUGAGAAACAAGAUUGUAGACCAGUGUGAGAGGCUGCAGUUACAGAGUGCUGGCAUCACCAAGUAUGUGGCGGAGGUCCUACAAGGGAAGAGCCAGAAAGCAGUGAGCAUGGCUAGUGCAGCGAGGGAACUGGUCAUCCAGAGGUUGAGUCUGGUGCGGAGCCUGUGUGAGAGUGAGGAACAGCGGUUACUGGAGCAGGUGCACGGCGAAGAGGAGCGGGCCCACCAGAGCAUCCUGACUCAGCGGGCACACUGGGCUGAGGCCGUGCAGAAGCUGGACACCCUUCGCACCAGCCUGGUGGGCAUGCUUACCCACCUGGAUGACCUCCAGCUGAUUCAGAAAGAGCAGGAGAUUUUUGAGAGGGCCGAGGAAGCAGAGGGCAUUUUGGAUCCCCAGGAGUCGGACAAAUUAAGCUUUAAUGAGAAGUGUGCUUGGAGCCCACUACUGACUCAACUCUGGGCAACAUCAGUUCUUGGGUCUCUCUCAGGCAUGGAAGAGGUGCUUAUCGACGAAAGGACUGUCAGCCCCUUAUUGCAUUUGUCUGAAGAUCGAAGGACCCUGACCUUCAAUGCCAAGAAGUCCAAAGCCUGCUCGGAUGACCCAGCGCGCUUUGACCACUGGCCCAAUGCCUUGGCUGCCACCGCCUUCCAGGCUGGGCUCCAUGCCUGGAUAGUGAACGUUCAGCACAGUUGUGCUUAUAAGGUGGGCGUGGCCUCAGCCCAGCUGCCCCGGAAGGGUUCUGGCAGUGACUGCCGCCUCGGCCACAAUGCCUUCUCCUGGGUCUUCUCCCGCUAUGAUCAAGAGUUCCGUUUCUCACACAAUGGGCAGCACGAGCCUCUGGGGCUGCUUCGGUGCCCGGCACAGCUGGCCAUGCUGCUGGACCUGCAAGCAGGAGAGCUGGUCUUCUUCGAGCCUACCUCGGGGACUGUGCUUCACGUCCACCGCACAUCCUUCCCUCAGCCACUCUUCCCAGUCUUCGCUGUAGCUGACCAGGUCAUUUCCAUCCUUCGCUGACUUCCGGCCACGGUGAGACCAGGUCCACGUUCCCAUCACCCUUGCAGGUCAGGCCGUGCUUCCAGCUAG